GCUCACUCGCUUACAACCUUGGCGAAUUCAUAUGCAGGCCUGGUCGCAAAUCAAUCACCCAGAAAAUCCAUCGACAACAUUCAUUGUACUGUAAACCUUUUAGAACUUUUGAGCCUUUCUCUACUGGCAUAUACAUAGCAGUAAAAGUCUCCCUGCUGAAAGGUUGUCAUUCGUAUUCCUGAGGAUCAUGCGUCCUUGCACUUUGCUAAAAAGACGAGUGUUGGCCGGACUUUUAAGUUUUGGAGCUAUCCUAUACAUGAUAUUUGUCGUCUAUUUUGUAUUGAAAAGAAAUAGAAAUGUUUUAGAACAUUUUGAUAAGUUGAACGAAAAGAACAGCAGUGCGGGCACACUACCAAAGAGACCAACACAGACCAUGCCACCAUUAAAGAAUGGGUUUCAGCUCGUCUUUCCUCAUAUUGAGCCAAAACUUUCUCYCGAAGAUCAAAUCCUUUAUUUAGUUGUAAUGGUGACCAGUUCAGCGAAGGGUGAAAAUCAUAGAACUUUGCGAAAAACAAUCCGUCAAACGUGGGGUGAUACAAAACUAUCAGAUARAAACACCCCAAAGUGGAAGAUGUUCUUCUCUCUGGCCAUCAGUGAUAAUCAACAAGAAAAUGAAGCGAACGAGAAAGAGGCACUCGAAUACAAUGAUGUGAUCAUAGGAAACUUUACAGAAAAAUACGAAAACCUUGUAAUGAAAGUAUUCAUGGGUCAUUAUUGGGUCAUCAAUAGAUUGUCAUGCAGGUAUGUUUUGAAGGCUGAUGACGAUGUUUAUGUACGUGUUCCAAGAUUAAUAUCAUGGCUUGUCAAGUCUGGAUCUCCCAAGUCUUUUUACGGAGGACACAUUAGACUAGAUACAUACAAAUUUAUCAUUCGCGAUCCUUGGGAAAAAUGGUACUUGUCGUAUGAAGAGUACAGCGAAACCUUUUAUCCACCAUGGUGCAAUGGCCCUUUUUAUGUGAUAUCUAGUGAUAACAUACCUAAAUAUCUCGAUUAUCUUCACAUUAGAAAUCCAUUCAAGAACGAGGACACAUACACUGGUGUAAUAUCUCAUGAACUCGGUAUCAAUGCCACAUUGAUUCCUGGUUUUAAAUUCAUUUAUUCAAGAUACAAAARCGUGACUAUUGAAUUCAAACAUCUUAUAGCUCUUGGCCAUAAUCUGCUGGCCAAAGAUCUAAAACGUUUUCAUGCCUAUUAUACACAAAACUAUGCUCUGACAUCAGGGUGAACAAAUGUUGUAAACUCCCUAAGACUCUCAAGUAAUUUAGAAAGCUUAGAAAUAAAAGAAAGAAUAGCAGCUUACAGUUACAGUCAGCGAACGUCACGCGUGAACGCUCAUCUUCCAUUAUAAAAGUUGACUAGAUUCAUUUCGAAAAUUCGAUUGUUGAAAACAAAAACUCAAUCAUAAAAUUGAUUAAUGGAGAGUCAAAUCAAAUAAAUUGGUUUUUUCUUUGAUCAGUUAA